AUGUGGAAGAUGUUUACACUUAAUACUUACAAGUGGGUCAACGGGCUGCUGUGUCUCGUGUCAGAUUACAACGCGCGCAAACAUCGCACUAUUGGCAUGCGACCCAUUGACGUAACUCCCACGAUCGUUAUAAAACUCUUGGGCACGGUAUACAGCGCGAUAAAGAUCGCAGGUCCGGCAAAAUUUAAAGCAGGUGAUUCGAUCAUUAAAGUACAGCAUACUAAUCCCAUAAUAUAUCUACUCGAAGACUAUCGCGGAGAAUUCGUCGCUGGAACGUUCUACGAGCACGAGUUGCAUCGCGCGACUCAUCCGGACGUGUAUCUCAUGGAGAAAGUACUGCGUAGGAAAGGAGACAAGGUUUACGUCAAGUGGCUGAAAUUCGAUGAGUCACAUAAUUCUUGGAUACACAAAAACAAUGUAAUUUAA